CUUCUUUCUAUGUAUGCGAUGUAAACAUGCUGGAACAUUUUUCCGCUGAUUUAUUCAUUGCAAAAAGUCUGACCGCCCGGUUAUAUACAAAAUUGUUAUGUUGAAGUUAGACGUAACCCAGGAGGAUGACGACAUAGUUCUUCCACCAGACACUCUAGCCUUUCUGCAAGAGUUUCUGGCUGAAAAGGCCGAGCGAGAAAAACAGGAAUCUCUGUUACUGAACGGUGGAACAGCGGACAAAGUUGAUGGAAUUCGUUUCAGUGCGUUUGAAGAAGAUUGGCAAUUGAGUCAAUUUUGGUACAACGAUGCGACGAAACAAACCUUGUCAGCGGUGUGCAAGAAACUCAUCAACAAUUCGGAUAGCCAAACGAAAAUUGCUCUACUCUCCUGUCCGUCACUCUACGAUUCGAUCCGGAAACUUGAUGAUGCCAUCAUAGUUCGACUGUUCGAAUUUGAUCGGCGAUUUAGUUGUUAUGGCCAGGAUUUUGUGUUCUACGACUACAAAAGCGUAACGGAUAAUCCAGAGUACAUGAGCGAGUAUCAUCAGCAAUUUGAUAUUGUUCUGAUGGAUCCACCUUUUCUGAGUGAGGAAUGCAUCAGCAAAUUGGCGCAGACGGUUAAAUUGAUCAGUAAACCAACGGCGAAACUGAUUUUAUGUUCCGGUGAGGUGGUCGAGGAAUGGGCUAGCAAAUAUUUGGGGCUAAAGAAAUGCCUUUUCCAGCCGGAACAUGAACGGAAUCUGGGCAAUAUGUUUGCGUCUUAUGCUAAUUUCCAAAUGGAUACCUUGAUACCGUGAUGGUGAAAAUAAAAUUUAUUAAUUCGAAUGCGAACGUACAAAA